AUGCACAUAACAUCGGGACUGUCUCCGGCGUCCGGCGAAAUGCUGGACGCCUCCAUCAACUUUUAUGGGGACUCGGGAGAGAGUGGAUUUUUUGCGAUGGACCACGCGGUCCCAGAAUCUUCGCACACCGUGGAGAUUGAAUAUGUGUAUGAACAGCCUGAAUCCUAUGCUUUUAACGAGUCGCCUGAACUAAAAGCAAAACCUGACCCACCGAAGAAGAUUGAAAUGAAGCAAAUUCCAAAAGUAGAUGAAGAACCGGAAACAGAUUUAACAAAUCUGACGUGGUUGCAAAACAUAACUAACAUCAUGGCGAUCCCACAGUUUCCGAUACCGCCGAUGUCACCAAAUCCUCAAGUGAAGCCGCAGACACCUCAGAACACGAGAUUACAGAAGUUCAAUCAAACGUUAGCAAAAUGUCAAAAAGAUUUUAUGGAGAACAAAGAAGAGUAUCAAAAGAAUAGUGAGAAGAAGCCGCCAUAUUCUUAUAGUACUUUAAUAUGCAUGGCUAUGAGGUAUAAUAAUGAUAAAGUGACGUUGUCAGCUAUUUAUUCGUGGAUUCGAGAAAAUUUCAAGUACUACAGGAACGCGGACCCCACAUGGCAGAACUCGAUAAGGCAUAAUCUAUCAUUGAACAAAGUGUUUGUGAAAGUCGCACGCUCUAAACAAGAACCAGGGAAAGGCGGUUUUUGGAAAUUGGACUUGGCACACUUGGAGGGUACAAAACGUAUAUCCAACAGGCCACAUAAGAAGAAAAAGAUUAAUGAAACCAAGAUAGAUCAGAAGAUAAGUGAAGAAAAGAUCGCAAUAGCGAACAUACCACAGCUUCCAAGUAUUGAUAUAAAUGAAAUAAAUCAAGCCGUUACGUUACAUUUGCCCGAAUUUAAUCUGCAAACGUUGCAAGACAUUGAUAUGGAAACAAAUAUCGGUGCGAAUGUGAUCGUUGAACCAGUGGCUCCUCUGAUGCCAGAAGAUGACCUUUCUUCUUGGCUUCUGAACCCUGCAGAGUGGGAAGACCUCCAGCUUGACGUCCUCGACAACUAUUUGGAUACGUGCUUUAAG